AGCGUUUCGCCACUUCCCCCGGACUGAUUGUUCAGGUCCAAGUUCAGACAUAUCCAGUCCCCCUGGUGUCACCCUCCAGGGCUGUGCGGAAGCGUGUUGUGCCGACUCGACGUGCCUGUCGUUUCAGUACAACAUAGUCAACCAAUGCUAUUUGAAAAGCAGGGUCUGCUCAGAUGAGGAGAAAGUGUUUUCAUCGGAUGGCAACAUGUACGACCGGAUUCAUAUAUCAGAUGUGUGGCUGGAACCGGAUCCGUCAUGGGUUGUGGACUCCGCCGGCACACCGUGGGUAUUCAACGGACAGACGUAUGAUGCCGCAAAGGCCUUGGAUGGGGACACUGGGACAUUCUGGAACCCUCAAGGCACGGACAGAAACUACAACAACUGGUACAUUGUCCUGGACCUCACAGCGCCACAUACUAUCACUCGCGUCGCUGUUAACAACUACGGAGACACCGACCAUGACAUCGCAGCCUUCACGCUGCAGAAGUCACAAGGUGGCAGUCCGUACAAUUGGGAGGACGUCGUGACCGUUACUAACGUACAGGGAGGAACGGACCAGCGACAGGAGUUCGGCGAGUUCCAGGGAACAGCUCGGUAUUGGAGGUUUCUAAUUACGGAAACUUACUGGGGCUGGCAGCCAUGGCUCAGAGAGCUGGACUUCUACGGAGUCACAAUGGGUUUCUCCGUAAGGGCACAGUCGUAUGCAUAUGAUGAUCCGGGUUUCUUGGAUGGCCCCUACGGAGAGACCACCUACAUUGUCGUUGACGGACAGAAGAGCAAAAUUGAUGAAGGCCUUAAGCGAGGGCAUCAGGUGUUCGUUUUGAAUGAGCAGACCGGACAAGUUGUAAACAAGGCUGAUUUCGACACCUAUGGCGACGCUGAAGCGGCGACAAAAAUGGAAGCCUUUCUGGGAAACGUCGCACAGGGACGGAUCAUAGUUGUCGUUGUUCAUGACAGCGGCGAACAGGCAGGAGGACAAUCCAGUUUAGCACCGUACGGAUCUACAGUUACUCGCCUAGGGCACAGAGAGUCCUACGCUAUGAUUACCAAGAAGGGACCAAAACCAUCUUGGUUCGUGGAGAAAAGAAGCGCUCUACGUGCUGGACCAACUAUUGUAGAGGCGUUUAUACCAACAGGUCGGUAACCCUGAGGAGACCAUUGAACUUCGUGUGCGGUACUACUAGUAAUGUGCAGUGCUGGUCAGAACCCACAGGUUACCACAUGUGGAUUUACCUCUGAAUGCUUCUACAGCAAACUUUUCAUCUGUCAAGAACCUCAACUUUGAAACAAAGCUUUAAAAAAACAUGAAUAUGUAUAAAGUUAUGUAAGUAGGUUAUGCUUAAACAGCAAACGGUUCAUCUGACAGGCAUUCCUACUUCGUGACAAAGCGUCAAAACGAACAUCACAAG